AUGACGGGCAAAGCGCUGUUUUUUCUGGCUUUAAUCGGCCUUUCAAGCCAACACGAACUGCUUGAUGUUGUCGGGCAGACGUUUACCGGCUGCUCGCUUUGCCAAUUCAGUCAACAAUCGGUGGGCAAGGAUUUCAAAAAUACGCUUCACUCCAAGAUUCAAACCGCCUGCCAACAGCUCCACGCCCAAGGGCGGCCGGAAUUUUGUGGAAUUGUGGCCGAGAAGGCGGCUGGUCGGAUGGCGAAGUAUUUGACGACCAAGGCCUCCGAAUUCGGCGACUGCUCCUCGAUUUGCAGCACGCCGAGGCCGAUUCCCGCUUCUGGACUGUGUACCUAUACAUCUGAGGUUGCGCGAGAAAUGGAAAAGCUCUACGAUGACCUCCGUGAAUCUUUGACAACGCUGUGCUCCGGGCGUCCCGACGAGAAGAUGUGCAAGGCGGAGGUGCAGGCGAGGCUCUCCCACGGCCAACUCUUGUUCAAAUCUGUCCUAAAAACGCUAGCAUUCCGCGUGGAUCCAAAGGACGGUUGCGGAAUUGUCGGCGCAGGUCCACAUAUUCGAGAUAGUCCAUUCCCGCCAGAGUGUGCUCUCUGUGGUACGCUUACGGAAUUCCUGACGCAGUCGUUAUUUACGGAAGGGAUCUUCAACGCGUUACUGGACGUGGUGAUGAAGGUGUGCAAGCUGAUCGCGCCGCUGGUGGGGAUACAGUUGCCGUGCGACGACAAAGAUGAGAUGGGCCCGCUCCUCCAGUUCGUCCUGAACGGCUUCGUGGUGCCGAUGCUGUACCCGGCCAGCGACGGCAUCUCGCAGCUUUGUAAUUGCUUCCAACAGCAGACGUGCCCUUCGCAGGUCCCCGACAGCAAGUGUCCAUUU